UUCAAAAAGCGAAUAAGUCAAUAAGUUGUUUCAAAAAGGUUACCCAAACAUGCCCUAAAUUGAGCUACCCUGCGCAUAAGUUUGUUCGUAAGGUUUAUCAGAAAUCACUACGAUUUUCUUGUUCGGUGUAAGUAACGAUGCCACCAAAAUCAAAAUCAAAAUCAAAAUCAAAUGGACAAAGAAGCAAGGUGGUUCCGAAACCCAAACAGAUAUGGCGGGUGAAGCAACCAACAAGGAACUGGUUGGAGCUGCCGUCAGAUAUAAUGCUCAACAUACUCCAAAGACUUGGUGUCUUUGACCGACUUGAGAAUGCCCAAAAAGUCUGCACUGCGUGGCGUCAAAUCUGUAAGGACCCUGCCAUGUGGAGGCUCGUUUAUAUCGACAGAUAUUCAUCUGGGAAAGACAGGCUUAGAUGUAAGGACAUGUGUAAGCAUGCUGUCAAUAGAAGCCGAGGCCAAUUGCUUGAUUUAACCGUCAUUGGUUUUUGCGAUAACAAUCUUCUUCAGUAUGUUGCUGAUAGAUCAAAUCAGCUUAGACGUCUUGAAAUCGUACAGUAUUAUCAUGAUGAAUCUGAAGUUUGGCGUGAAGCUUUCAGAACUUUACCAUUAUUGGAGGAGCUCAGCCUUGUCGAAACAAAACUUGUGAAAGAAGAUAUUGAAGCUGCCGCUCGCCAUUGCCCCCUGUUAAAAACACUCAAACUGAACCAAAAAAUAUUCAAAUGGGAUGGAAGCUGUGAAUAUGGGUCCAUGGUUGUAAAUGUUCUGAAUGAGAGAGCCUUAGCGAUUGGGAAAAACUUACCUCAGUUAACUCAUCUUGAACUCAUUGGGAACAGCAUCACAAACGUUGGGUUGCAGGCCAUUCUGGAUGGCUGUUGUCACCUUGAAUCACUUGACCUGCGCCGCUGCUUGUACAUUGAUCUCGACGGAGACCUAGGGAAAAGAUGUUCAGAGCAGAUUAAAUAUCCAAAAUUUCCUAGUGGUCGUGAUUCUGUACAAGGGUUUAAAUAUACACUUUUUAUUGAUGAUUCUGACUCUGAUGAUGAAUACUUGGACUAUGAUGAUGCAUACUUGGACUAUGAUGAUGAGUACUCCGACUACGAUGAUUACACAGCCUACCAUAAUGAUGGGUUGAGUGAGAUGAUGGCGUUCAUGGACAAUGAUGGUGACUUGAGUGAGAUGAUGGCCUUCAUGGACAUAUUUGGAUAAUUUGCUAUGCUGAAAGGUGUAACAGUUGCUUGCCUACAACAACAAUCCUCUUUUUGGUCUUUGCUCAGACAAAGCAAAUUUGUGAAAACUGGGUAAUUCUAAAAAUGUUUUUGGGAGUUAUCGUUUGUUCUUGGAAUUAAAGCCCGUUGUUCUUUUGUUUAUGCAUUGAAUUUGGUAGAUUUAAUAUUUGCUUGCUUAUAUCUUGGUAUUGCAAUGCAACAAAAUGAGGAUUUCAUCUUUUUU